CCAGAACUCCCGCACUGAUCUUAGUUUUGGAUUUUCUUGGCGAAACUUUACCAUCGCUAAAGUGCGCGGUGGUUGAAUUUUCGUCGAGCGAGCAGUUAUUGACGGACCGUUACCAUGAGCCAGCCGGAAGGGAAAGCUUUAACCCCUUAUCAGGGCAACCGACGCAGCUUUGGUGCAUUCAAGUGCGACGGGUGCAACCGGUCGUGGUUCUCCGGCAACUCGUGGGCCAACUUUGGCCAACAAUGUGAAUCAUGCCUAGCCUACGUAUACCCUCAUAAGCAAUGGCGCUUGAAGAAACGCAAGAAGUCCAACGACGCUAAUAAGGCGCACCCGGUGGAUUUAUGUGGUAAAUGCAAAUCACUUGGUCGAAGCUGUCGAAAGAUAGUGACCAAAGAAUCCUGAACCCCGUGACCUUGGCUGGAUUGCCGUAUUUGUUGUGCACGGCAUGAUGAGUGGCAGAAGUUUGCGAGUUUUGGUCAAUAAACGAAUCAUGACUAA